AUGUUCGAGACUCUAGCACCAAAACUGAAUGGCGGAAAGCUCCCAUCCAGGCAAGGCGCUGCAGACAAUUCGAGCAACAGCAACCAGAUCAGUUCUACUAAUCACAUCAGCAACAGUACUGGAUCGAACAGCAAUCAUGGAAUGAGAUUAGACUUUCAACGCGCAGGAGCAGAAGGACAACGAGGCGUGAACAAGGCACCAGAUACGUUAAUACGAAUUCCUUCAGACGGGGAUAUUUCAUUCGGUCCCGAUGAUUUCUUGCUGGGAAGCGAUGAGCUAGUGGAUCUGAUGCACGAGUUGGAUGAAAGCAAGGAAACUGAAGAAGGACUUUCUUUGAGCUGGUCACCGACACCACCCAAGGCCGCAGUGGUAGCGAGUCCACCAGCAUCCUCCUCGCAACGAUCACAAACCAGCACAUUAUCUCAAUCCGUGUCGACUCCUAAAACUGUCAAUACAGCAUCUCAGAAAUAUGCAAACCCAUCGGGACAGUCUGCUGUGAACGAGCGAAUAACAUUGUCAACACAAAGUUCACCAACUCGAUCCAAACUCCCAGCUCCCGAACCAUCUGAAAAGUCCCGGGUCACCGUCAGCACUGCACGGACGUCUAUUACAACAUCCACUACCACCGCUACCUCGAGGAUCAUAGUGUCAAAUUCUCAGGGGAAUUCAAGUAGCCGUCCAGAGGAACAUGAUACGAUUGAUCAUCGUAAUGGACAGAGCCAAAGGCAGUCAUAUCUUGUUAGGGGCAUCAAGGAUCAGGAACGACGAAGUUUUUUACGCAGCAACAGCUCACCUUCAGCGGGAAGUUUUUCGUCGGCUGCUCAGACUCGCAACAAACGACGACUCCCUGGACCAGCUGGAAAUUUGCCGGAAUUGAGUCCAGAGGAAAAAGCACAAUUGUUUCAAUCGCGCGGAGCCUCUUUAAUAAGAGGUAAUCGCAUCCCGAGAGUCGGUAGCACUAGUCCCAAUUCUUCCAUCAAGAAGAAGAUGAAGGCUGUCUAUCAAGGGCCCAUCGACAGUAUGUUUUUAGGCGGAGCAUGGGAGGAUAUGAUUAAGGCAUACGGACUACCCAAUUAUAAACCCUCGACACUGUCAAUAUAUAAAGGCACAGCACCGAUGAUUGAAAUUACAUUAUCAGAUAUAGAGAGUCGCAAGGAACUUCAUCGUGGUAAGGUUCCAUACCUCCUUGCCAUGAUCAAGGAUUUCACAUUAUCGGAGAUCGACGCCGCAGUGACCUUGUUGGAUCCAUCAGGCGAGAUGCGAGGAACGGUUCACAUCACCGUACUCGAGCAAUACAAGAACAACGAAAUCAGGAUCGGGACGGCUUUGGCCCUAAAAAACGUUUCUAUCUUCUCGCCCACACCAAUAUCGCACUACAUCAUCAUUACUCCACGAAACAUUGUCCGCAUCUUCCAGCCCCACCCUCCAACGAUCAUUCUAUCCCAAGGAUCUUCACAAGACAGGCUGUCGCAAAAAAAAAGGAAAUUGACCCUGAACAGUCAGGAUUCCCAUGAUGGAGAUACCGCGAGUGGCCCGCGUUCUCAGGAUGUGAAUACCAGUGUCCCGUCAUUGAGACCAGCCGAGCACGGAGAACGCUCAAACAGCAACACAUCAACGGCAUCAUCGAAGGAUUCUGGCAGCUCGAGUGCGAAUGUCAAGCGGAGAAGAAGUUGCUCGCCUGCCAAGGGAGACAUCUUAGACGACAAUGAGGCAGCCCUGCUGUCUUACACACCCCAAUCUGUCAUAAACACAAAACCUGCACUACUGAGGCUGUCAAAUACGACGGCUAGGGACGGUACUUCGGAGGAAAUUGAUACCAAGAGCACAAACUCAACGCAGCAGACUCAAGAGGUUCAGUUUCAAAGUUUACAUCAGACUCUUGGUGGAGCGAACGUUGCCAAGGAUGGACGGACUCAAACGAUUGAUGUUGACUCCACACCACUGAUUACAUUGGGUACCAUGACACCGAGCCCUGCUGGGGCAAGCCCUGCAAACAGAGCCAGCAGAAGUAAUUUGUCUUCCUUUGCAGCUCCCGCUUUUCUUCGGAAGCGAUCGUCGACAGUGAGCCAGAGAUCAAGUAGUGCACGGUCUGGAUCGGAUUCGGGAGCAGGAUUGUCUUCAAACCAACUGUCGGUGGAUGUGACAUCAUCGCCAGAAUCAGCAAGAGUGCAGCUCUCUCGUGCCUCGGAUGCGUUCAGCUCGUCGGAUUGGCCCGAUGACUUUGAAGUAGAUUUUGCAGAUGUAAGCUAUGGAACAAUUGAUCUGAGCACCACAGAGGAACCCAAAGGAGCUGAUAGGAUGGGGGAAUCAAGGCCUGGUUCUUUCGCGGCAUCAGCACCAACCUUUCGACGACCUGCCAACGACGACGAUGAUGGUGAAGACGACCUGAGUAAUCUUUUGGAAGGGCUGGACGAGACCGAGCUUUACGAUCUCUAA